AUGAAUAUAAGUGAAGUUACGCCAGAUAAGGUAUGGAGGAAAAAUGCAUGUUAUGAUUAUGAGAAGAAAGCUGCAAAAACAUUUUGUAUUUCCAAAUCAUCUCGGAGAAAUUCAGUAUCAUCUGAUGUAAAGAAUAAUUCUUUUCACAAGUCUUCAUCAACCAGUGCCCCUGUUAUUAAAAUAAUGUUAAAAUGUGUCUUAGAAUUGGCUGAUAAAGAAUUAAAACCUCAAAUAAAAGCUGAAAGUUUAUCAAUUAUAAAUCGUAUUCUGGGAAGUGUUCCUUCAGUUUUACAACGUCAAAUUAUGAGAAAUAUCCUAUUACAUAUGGGUUUAGAGGAUAUACUUCCAUCGUUGUCAUUUUACAAAUGUUCACGAUUGAAUGAUGAAUUGAUAAAAUUUGAAAAAGGUCAACAUCUUGAGGAAUCAAUUCAACUUAGUAAAAGUGGGAAACAUCCUCUAAAUAUAUUUAGUGAGGCUUACAUGAAACUUGCAAAAGACAAGAAUUAUUUAACAGCAUUUAUGGAAUUUAUUGAAAAAAUUGCAUCCGGUUUAGAUAUAACUAAAGAUGAUAUUUUAAUUUUAUUCUCAUUUCUUCCGAGUAAAAAUGAAAAAGAGGAAUUUUCUAAAGGCAAUGAAUGUUUUAUUAAAGAUUCAUUAAAUAAUAGUAUAAUCAAUAACAAACAAAAUAUAAAAAAUGAAGGUAACGUAGAAGCUUUUAGAAAACUAAUGGAAAAUAAUAACAAUUCAUGUAGUGGAUUCAGUCGUGGUAGAGCUAUUUCUAUUUCUUCAGAAUUACCUACCAAAUUUAGUGAAAAAGUACUCUUGAUUAAGAAAAAAACUAUUGAUGUAGAAAUACAAACAGAGGUUUAUCAACAGUUACCUUUAAAUGAUUUUGUAGAAAUAAGUAAAGACACAAAUUCACAAGUAAUUAAAAAUAAUAAUAAGCCUCCUGAGGCUCCUCCAUUGCCUAAUUUCUUAAAAAGUUCAAAUUCAACUAAAAAAGUUUCUCAAUCUAAUAUUACAAAUGAACAAAAAGUAGUCAAACCUUCGAACAAUAAUUUAGGACCGCCACCACCACCUCCACCACCGUUACCAAUGAAAAAUAAUAAACAAAAUUCUAAGGAUAAUCAACAAAAUAAUUUAUUAAUUAAAGAGAAUAAUCAAUGUUUAGAAAAUGUUUCAAAAUAUGACAAAACUAAAACAACAAAUACAGUUUCUUGGACACCUGUUAAAAAUAUUGAUUCUGGAAAUAAAACGAGCAUAUGGAGUAAUUUUGUGGAACCAGAAUUUAAGGAGACAGAGAGAAACAAAAUUGAAUUAGUCUUUGAAAAACCACAAAAAAUAUCCCGAAGAUUAACUAUUGCAACAUUUGGUAAGAGGGCUAAAGAAAAUGGAAAUUCUGGUGGAAAUAAUAAUCGAUCAUUGACAAAAGGAUUAUCAGAGAAAAGAGCACUGAAUUUGGGAAUUGUUUUAUCAAGAUUCAAAUUGAAAGGUGUCAUUUUGGCGGAAGCUUUAGAUAGUGAACAACGUUCCACAUUUGAUAUUGAUCUUCUUUCUAAUCUUCUUCUUCAGUAUCCAACAGAAGAGGAGAGAAAAUAUUUUUUGGGUAUUGGUGAACUUAGUACAUUAAAUAGUACAGAAGCAUUUGUCUGGAGUGUUGCUAGAAAACCACAUUUAAAAAUUAAAUUAGAAUUGUUAGUUUUUGAAGCUAACUUUAAUGUAGACACUAAAAAUUAUAUUAAGACUGGUGAAAAUUGUCUAGAUGUUUGUAAAAUGUUAUAUCAAAAUCCAAGUAUAGAUAAUUUUUUUUAUAAAUGUUUACAGAUUGGAAAUUUUCUUAAUCAAGGUAGUUAUAAUGGAACUGUUACAAACAAAAGUUCUACAAUUAGAAUAAUUGAUUUAUUAGUUGAAUCAGAAACUUUUAAUACCAAAGAGAUAUAUCAACUUUAUGAUAAAUUAGAAAGUAUUAAGUCAUUUGAUUUGAAUGAUUUUGAAACUAUGUCAAAUAAGAUACAUCAACAACUUAUCUCAAUUAAAACUAAGAUAGAGGCAGCUGAAUCGUUUUUAACUACAGAAGAAAUAUCUUCUAUAUUUGAAAAUUAUAUUACAAUAUGCUGUAAAUUAAAACAAUUAAUUACUGAAAUUAAAUCAUUAGAAAAUGAUUUACAAAGUUAUUAUUGUGCAGAAGCAUUUGAUCUCUUUAAAAAAGCUAAUAUGGUUUUUGAACGUAAUAAAAUCCAGUCAGAGAGGUACUCUAAAACAAUACAAUCAUUUGGGAAACCAUUAAGUAAGCUAAGAAAACGAAUAGUUAAAGUUGACUUUUAA